GGCCGCCGGCGGAGACAUUUGCGAGGCGAGUGUCUCCAAGAUGGCGGCGUGGGGAAGGAGGCGCGCGGGGCCCGGCGGCACCAACAGCGGCGGCGGCCGGGACAGGGUGACCUUGUCCUCCACGGACUGUUACAUUGUGCACGAGAUCUACAACGGGGAGAACGCUCAGGACCAGUUUGAGUACGAGCUGGAGCAGGCGCUGGAGGCGCAGUACAAGUACAUCGUGAUCGAGCCCACGCGCAUCGGGGACGAGACGGCGCGCUGGAUCACCGUGGGGAACUGCCUGCACAAGACGGCCGUGCUGGCGGGCACCACCUGCCUCUUCACCCCCCUGGCACUGCCAGUCGAUUAUUCUCACUACAUCUCCCUGCCCGCCGGAGUGCUGAGCGUGGCUUGCUGCACCCUCUACGGGAUCUCCUGGCAGUUCGAUCCCUGCUGCAAGUACCAGGUCGAGUACGAUGCCUAUAAACUUUCGCGCCUGCCCCUGCAUACGCUCACCUCGUCCACUCCCGUGGUGCUGGUGAGGAAGGACGACCUGCACAGAAAGAGACUGCACAACACGAUAGCACUCGCUGCCCUGGUGUACUGUGUAAAGAAGAUCUAUGAACUCUAUGCUGUAUGACUUCAGCAGGGAAGAGAGAAACCCACAAAGACAAGUGUAUUAAGACUCCCACAGUAACAUUUUGUUUUUCCUCUUUGAGAAGCGGUGGAGACUGGGAAGGAUUUGGUUUGAUAGAGCUGUUAUUUUUCAAAUAACACAUCACUGGUGCACCAAGGUUUUUCAGUUCUUCGUUACACUUGAGAUGUGGAUGUGUGGUGACUUGGGAUCCGUAUGUUAGGCCAGGGGAGUCCAAUCCAGCAGCGGAAUGUCCAUGAAAGCAAGCAAUAGAAAGAAGGGGUGUGAGAGCUGCUUUCUUUUUUUUUUUUUUUUCUUUUUUUUUUCCUUUUUUUUUUUGGGAAACAUUUAAGUAUAUUGUUUAAUUGUAUUACACAGAACCAGCCAGAAGUUAUCAUUGACCAUUAAAGGAUGACAAUUUCAAA